AUGGCCACGGUGGCCAUCGCGCCCGACGUCCAGACGCACCCCACGGCGACGGCGGUGACGCUGGCGCUGAAGAUGGCGCCGAUCGCGACGUACUUGGCGUGCGAACUCGUCAAUUCGGACGGUUUCGUCGCAAAUUUCGUGGCGUGCGUCCUCGCGCUCGCGGUCGAUUUUUGGUGGUGCAAGAACGUCAGCGGACGCUUGCUCGUCGGUCUGCGGUAUUGGAACGAGAUAGACGACGCCGGGGAGUCGCGGUGGCGGUUCGAGGCGAGGGACGACGAGGGCAUGGCGCGCGUGAGCGCGAACGAGAAGCGACUCUUCUGGACGACGCUGUACGGAGGCGCCAUCGCGUGGGCCGCGCUGCUCGUCGGCGCCAUCGCGUCGUUCGAAUUGAACUACGCGUUGAUCCCGUUGGUGGCGCUGUGCUUGGCGAUGACGAAUUUGGUGGGGUACUUUAAGUGUUCGAAGGACGCGCAGAGUCAGUUGAAUGGAUUCGCGCGAAGGCAAGUCGCGAGCGCGUUGUUUUCGGGCGUCGGGUCCUCGGCCUCGUAG